UUCACUUCAUCAUACUACAUCAUCAUUAGGUAGGUAAACUUUAUUUUUUUCAACCACAUAAAUUUUAAGACCAAUUGUAAUUAGUACAUGAAACAAAUGAAGCUUGAUAACAGUAGAUCAGAAGUUCGAAUAAAAUCCAAAUCUCUCUGAUUAUGCCUUUCUUUACUUUUCAAGAAUACCAAAGACCCAAAGAGCAUAUACCAUAAUUAUAACCUAGUAAUUGUAUAGCAAUCACAGCUUGCAUAUGAAAGUGUUGCCUAGCAACCAAUUAAGUCACAAACAUUAAACAGAAUGUUUGAGUUAGUCAUCAGGUCUAAUAUAUUUUUAAGCGUUUCAUUUAAAAAAACCAGUGAAAUCGUAAUUUAUAAAUAAGAAGAAGUUUCAUUCAAAAUAAGUACUUUGUUGUAUAGUACUAAAAUAAUAAAAAUGGAAAUGGAUUGGAGAGAGAUUAUAAAAUUCUCCCAAAGGGAAUUAAAGCAAAAGGAAAAAGAAAAACUCUGUGAAAGCUUGUCUUGGAUGGAAGCUGAUGAUAUUGAACUUAACUUUAGUGACUUAAAAACUUUAUUCCGGCUUUGUCAAGAUAUUUUAAAAUAUAAAACUGAACAAGUUAAUAAUUUAAUAGCAAAAUCGAAAAAGAAAGUAAAAUCUAAAGAAAAAAGUACAAUUACAGGUAUGAAUUCUGAUAGCAUAUUAGAAACAAUUGCGCACCAAGAAGAAGUUAUCAAAGCAAACAAGGAAGUUUUAGAACAACUUUACGCAGAUAUAGCUAAAUUGGAAGGUCGAAAAACUAAAGAUAACGAAAGUAAUCUUACCCAGCAAGACAGCGAUUCAAGUCGCAAUACACUCUCCGAAAUUAAUGCUAUAGCACAGCUAGAAAAUGAAAUAUCCAAAAGAAACAAGCAUAUUAAUAAAUUGCUUGGUGAUGUUAAAAUGUUAGAAGAGGAAAAUACAACUCUAAAAAACAAAUUGACAAUUUUUAAAGAAAAGUUAAGGGAAGCAACACUUCUUAUCGAAAACAUGACUGAACAAUUAUUUGAACUCAAUAAAAAUAAUGAUAAUUUCAAAGAACAUCUUGGUAAGACUGAAUUAGAAAGAGCUAAUUUACACAUGGAGCUGGAAAUCUUAAAAAAUGAAAUAAAUAAUAAAGAUUUAAAAUACGAGAAAAUAGAAGGAGAUAGUAAAAAUAAAAUCCUACAAUUAGAGAAUUUAUUAAAAUGUCAAACAGAAGAAAUUAAACGCUUAUCAGAUGAGAAUAGACAAUUAAAAGAAGAUUUAAAAUUAACAACUACUAAAAUUGUAUCACCAAAAGUUAAACCGAAAACUUCUCCGGAAGAAUCCAAAAUGAAAGAAUUGCAAGUAAAAUUGGCAGAAGCUUCUGAUCAAAUAAUGAAAUCCGCUAGAUUAAUAGAAGCAUUGACAAAUGAAAACAAACAACUUAAAUCAAUAAUUAAUGAUAUACCUGAUAGUACAUUGUCUGAGCAUAAAAAUGAAAGCGAUGAUGGUAAAGAAAAGAAUAUGAUCAUCAAACUUAAGAAAAAAAUUAAAAGAUUAUGUGACGCUCUACAAUGUUCCGAGAAUAUAUUGGCUUUGAGAGAAGAAGAGAUCAGCGAGAUAUCUGAACAAUUACAAUUGUUAAAAUCAGAUGAAGGUAUAAAUACAUUGAUAGAAGGUAUAAAAAAAAAGAAGCGAGACUUAAGAAUUAAGGACGAAGGCAUUAAAAAACUAGUCAAUGAAGUAAACGAUUUAAAUCAAAUUGUUAAUGAUCUUCAACUUGAAAAUGAAACAAUGAGAGAAAAAUUAAAACUACCAUCAAACGAACAAAUUAAUACUUGUGGUAUUUUAAAAAAGUACAGUGAAAUGGAAAAAAGCAAUAAAGAGCUCUCAAAAAAGAUAAAAUCGUAUGAAAACAGGCUUAUUUCUCUUGAGAUAGAUAACCAUGAAAAAGAAACAAUGAUUGCUACUUUAAAAAUGACAACAAAAACGGAAAAAUUAAAUGAAAAUGUUAAUAAUAAAAAUCAAAAUUUAGUUUCUCUUAAUCAGGCGAUAGAUAAUGAUUAUCAAACAAACAUUUCAAUAAAUGAAAAUACGUCAAGACAUGCCAAUAUCCAAGCAAUAAUUGAAGAAAAUGAAGGACUUAGAAAUGGACUUACUGAAAUUUUGAAUUUCUUGAAAGAUAAUAGCAAUACGAGUUCUGGCAUUUUAGCAUUGGAAUGCCCUAGUUUAGAUGCUGUCUUACAUGCGAUGGAAGCACAAAAAUCUGCAGGUUGGUUUUCACCGCAUAUGAAGACAGUUAUGGAAUUAAAAGCAGCUUUAGGUACCAAAGAUGCUUUAAUGCAAGCACUUCAUGAAUCCAGAAAUGAAACGUUUAAAGUAAUGGCGAAGUUAAGCGAAGAGGAACAAAAAUCUUUAGAAUUGUUAAAAACACUUCAGGAUGUAAAAAACAAUAUUAAAAAGGACACAGAAGAUGUCGUUUCAAAUAUGUCUGAUGUUAGUAUUGGCGAGUUUGGAUCUUGGGUGAUGGACACAAAUUACGAAAAUAUCGACUUAUGCAACGAAAACGAUAUACAGGCUUAUAUUUCUAAAGAAAACAUUUGGUUUGAAAAUCAGUUUAAGCAAGUUAUUCAAUAUUUCCAAAAUAAAUUUACUAUUCUUUUCGAUACGUUUACCAAUUUAACAGUUAAAACAGCUGAUGACCGUAAUAAAUGGAGGAUCAAAGAAGAACAUUAUAAAGCAGAAAUAGAAAACUUAAAAUCUCAAAUAGAUGAAAAAGAAGACGAUACUAGUAACCUUUCACCAGGUCUAAUAAAUACGAAUAAGUCAGACUUCGUAGAUAGAAAGUAUACCUUUUUAGAAGAUUCAUAUAAACAAAUAAGAACGUUAAAUGAAAAUAUAACAAAUGAAUUGUUAGAAAAUAAGAAAGAAAGAUUAAAUGAGGCUCAUGCAUACGAAAUUAAAAUUCAAAAUUUAAUCCAGUCUAUUAUAAAUUUGAGCGACAAAUUACGUAAUUCUGUACCUCGUAGUUUAUUUUUAAAACAAAAUGCUAUGUUCAAUAAAUCUAUAUUAAAAAAUAGAUUCACUGUAGAAGAAAAGACAAAAAAAUACAUUUUUUCAGAAGAUUUACAAAAACGGUUAGAGAAAAAUAAAUUUGAAAUUCUAGAAAUUAUUCGGAGAGAAACAAUUAUCAAUUCAACUGACAAUAAAAAUAGCGUAAAUGAAAUAAUAUUAAAUAAUAAUCAUAUAAUACUACAAAAACAGCUUCAACAAGCUUACAUUGAAUUACAAAAUAAAAAUGAUGAGAAUGAAAAGUUGGAAAAGAAAAUAUUGGAUUUAGAAACUUCACAAUCAGAAAUAAUUGACAAAAUUCAACAUUUGGAACCAUGUGAAAAUGUAAUAUUUCUUCAGAAACAAAUUGAAAAAUUAAACGAGGAAAAUAUUAUUCUUAAAAAUCAAUGUCAAAAUGUUGGAAACAAAUUAGAUAACGUUAUCUUAGAGUUACAAACCUAUAAAAAUAAGGAAUUAAAUUGUAAUAAAGAAAUAAAUAUGUUAAGGCAUCAAAUAGUAGAUUUGCAAUCUACAAAUGAUACAAAAGCUACAAUAGCUAGAAUAAGUGGUGAAGUAUUAUUAGCCCAAUUGCAAAGUACAGAAAAUCAAAAUAAAAUAGAAGCUCUCAAACUUGCUUUAAGUAAGGAAAAGGAAUUGAGAGCUGAAACUGAAGAGCAAUUAUUGAAUCGUCAAAAGAUUUUUGAUAUUUAUAUGGACAGAUUUAAUAGCAAUUUAAGGAAUACGAACGAAAUAUUUAAUGUAUUGCGACAACAAUAUCAUGGAAGCUUACCUCUUUUUUCUAUUGAAAAUUUCGUAGAAAAGUUGGAAAACCUUCAACUCAAAUCUGAUAACUUAAAUGAAAAACUUAACGAAGUGGAUGAUUUACAGUCAAACUUGAUGAUGAAACAUAGUGUUUACAGUCAAAUAUUAAAUUUAUCGUCGACAAAAUGCAUAGAAGACUCUUGUAAACAUAAAAUAAAAAACAUUAUAUCAGAGAAAAGUAAAAACCUUGAAAUUGAAUAUUAUAAAGUAAAGAUAGAAUCCUUAGAACAAUCACGGCAAGAAUUGUUAAAACAAUGUGCUCUACUAGAAAAAACACUGAUUAACGUUAAUCAAGGAUUCAAAACUCAAAGGAUUCAGGACUCACCAACUCAAAAUGUAUAUCACAGAAAAGAAAAGGAGCCAGUUGAAUUACAAAUACUAGAUGUUCAAUCUGAUGAUGACACAAGUAGCAGAAGAAGCCGCACAAAAACUUUGUCUCACCGUAAAGAAAAUGAGGAUAUUGUUGAUGAUUUCAAAAAUGUAACACAGAUAAAGACAAAGAAAGAACGAGAGACACAAACUGUUUUGGUAACAUAUCAUGUAAAAUCAGUACAAACAGAACAUUGCCAAAAAAAUGAAAAUUUAAAUCUAUUAGUUGAACGUCUUUUAUCGGAGAAACAAGAAAAGGAUAGAAUUAUUGCAGAUAACACUUCCACAGCGAUACAGCAAAGCCAGGAAAUAUUACAACUACGUAUGGAAAAGGAGGAAAUAAAUACGAUGCUUAAAAAUAUAACUGAAUCCAAUAAACAAAAGGAUAAAUUAAAUAAAACAUUACAAACGGUGCAAGAAUCAUUAAAACAGGAAAUUAAUGACCUAAAAUCAAAUCAACUAACGGAAAUAAGCAAAUUAAAUGAAACUAUGAACUCAGAAAAUCAAGCUCUUCUAUUGGAGGUCAAGAAAACAGAAAAUGACAAAAAAGAAAUAAUAUCUGAAUAUCGACAAUUAUUAAGCAAAGAAAGAGAAGAUUAUGCAAAUUCUUUGAAAAACUUACAAAUAAAGCUAAAAGAUUUACAAACUAAAUUCGAUGAGAGAGAAACUCAAGCAACAUCUUCCCAGAGUGACGUUAAUAAAGAAACAAAUAAUAAAUUUACAGUAAAAAUUUGUGAUUUAGAAGAAAAAUGUUUUAAACUACAAAGUGAAUUAGACGGAUAUAAAGGAAAUUUGUUAAAUCAACAAAGUGAAUUAGAGCGUUGGAAGAAUUUGGCAACCGAAAGACUUAAUAAAAUGGAACAACUAAGUGCACAAUUGAAAGAGAGACACACUCAAGAAGUAGAAUCCUAUAUGGCGGAAAAUCAACAUUGGUUAACACAACUAAAGGAGAUGCAACGUGAGCACUUGGAGUUACGGUCUCGAUUAACUGAACAAAAAACCUUGCACCUGAAACAGAUGACUGAAAAAGAUAAUCACAUUGAUCAACUUCGUUCUGUUGUAAACAAUCUCAAGACACAAAUUCUAAAUAUGCAAACCAUGCUUACAAAUAAUGAUCCCAGUUUCGAUCUCUCCGCUAUUGUGGAGGUCGAUGAAGUCAGCGAUGGAGUGUCACAGCAAGGAUCAGAUAGGCUAGAGUUAAAGUUUGAAUCAACGGUUGACAUUAACGAAGCACAAGAUGAUUUUGCAAAGUUGCCUUGUAGUUCAACCGCGAUAUGGCAAGAGCCGUUAAUAGAACGCUUACGAAGAGAGAAGCAGUUAAUGGGUAAACAAAAUGCAAUACUGCGACGACAAAUUAAAGUUCUGGUAGCAAGAGAACGUAGAUCCCGACUGGAUGCACAAAACCUUAGAAACCAAGUUUUUCGCAUCACCACCACUGGAAACAAAGUGCCGUCUGCGGAAUCAGCAGCAUUGCAAAGUAAGAUCGCGUCACUGCAAGCGCAACUGACUAGCGCACGCCGCGAUGCGCAUUCUAAUGUCGCACUUUGGGAUAAAUGGAAAAGGGCACAGCAGGCAGCAGAUCGUUGGCAAGCACGUUAUGAAGAAAAAUGUCAAGAACUUAAAAAACUAGAAACGAGUCUAGGCUUAAGUAAAUCAGCCGUGAGCAGAUUGGAAAAAGAAAAGCGUAUUCUUUUAUCAAGACUUGGAGAUGAAACACAAGAAAAGCGAUUGGCAAUUGAAAAACAUGAUACAGAGAGAUCAGAAAAAACCUCGUCAAGAAGUGAGCAAUGCAAUAGUACAACAGUCGUAUCUACACGUGCGUUACUCGACAGAAUCGAAGCACAGCAACGAAGAAUUGCUGCUCUUGAAAUCGCGGAAAUGGGAAAUGAAACUUUAGUGUCAGAAUACGAAAAAUCUCUAGCGGAAAUAACGUCACUUAAGGGGCAAGUGUUGAAACUAGAAUCAACCCUCCUCGAGUCACAGAUAAGGUCACCGUUAAAAUCUACGGCGGAUACACAACCAGAGAUACAGUAUUGGAGAAGUUACUGCGAUAUGUUAAAAGAAGAAAACAUGCAGUUGACGUUAAAAGUGAAUUCUAUGGAAAGUAUUCCAGUUCCUGCUCACCAGCAACGUGUUAAUGACUUGGAACAGACCGUUCUUACUCUUCGAGGGCUUGUAAGUAAAUUGCAAGCGGAUCACAAGUCUUCAUCAACGAGUGUUCAAAAACGUGGUGACUCUCGGCCAAGUAGCGGGCGAUGCGGAUCUGAUAAGGUUCGAAAUCAAAUAGAAUCAUAUCGCAUCGAAAUAUCUAAUCUCAAAAGAAGCAUCUUAGAAAAAGACGCACUUUUAGAGAAAUCAAAGGACAUGCUGAAAAUAGCCGCUGAAAGAGAGGAAGAAUUAUUGAAAGAGAAUAUGUUGCUCAGGCGUCGUUUAGGUCAGCUGUCGGAAGGUAAAGAGGGCUUCAUGUCAGCGUAGAAUUAUAUUAAAAUAAAACUUCUCAGUUAAUGUAUAAUAAUGUAAUCGUAUAAAAUAGGUAUAUAUGUUUUCACCAUAAAUAUAAUUCACUUUUUCAAA